AUGGUGUUUCCUUACAAAGAUAUUGUCUCCAAGGCCUCAGUGGUUCUAAUCACCAGCCUCUGGUUGCUCAGUCUAAGUAUUGAAGCUGCUCCUCCUGUCUAUCUUUUUCAUAUUUGUGGCUCCAACACAACUAUUUACUCUCCUAAUAGCACCUUUAAAUCCAAUCUCAAUCUUCUCCUCUCUAAUCUUUCUUCUAACAAUACACCCAACAACUUGUUUUAUAAUGCAACUACUGGCCGUGGUCCUCCAGGUGCGGCUUAUGGCCUGUUUCUAUGUCGAGGUGAUGUUACCAUUAAUGCCUGCCAUGAUUGUGUAGUGAAUGCCAGUCAAGAGAUAGUCCAAAGAUGUACCACGCACAAAGUGGCCUAUAUUUGGUAUGAUCAGUGCAUGCUACAUUAUGAUAACAGGUCUUUUUUUGGGACCAUGGAAGGAUCACCUAAGGUGUAUAUGUGGAAUACGAAAAAUAUCACAGAACAAGAUCGGUUUACACAGGUGCUGGGAGAUACUAUGGAUGGAUUUGCAACUCGGGCCUUCGAGCGAUCGAUCUUUAAAUGA